GAUCAACGAGUGUUUCAAUUUCUAAACAGAAAUGAGGAGUGUUGGUCACAUCCACAGCGUUUCAUCAGCACAUUACGUAACAAGGAUUGCAUUCGCUCGCUUUUCGCUCCUUAUUCUCUUGCUAAGAAUCGUUCUCUAGUCACACUGAGCAUCACAGGCACUCUUCACUAAACCAUGCCCUUCGGAAUAUGACUGCCAUGCCAAUGAUAGCACGCUCGUUUUAUCAUUACACCGAUACACGUGUCAAGAACAUUUCACAACGUGUAGCUGAAAUGUCCUCGCAUGUUCUGUUGGGAAUGUUGGCGUUAGCCCCUGAAUUCUACAAGGCAUCCUCACAUCACCCAAGUCCAAGUGGUCCAGGCCGAGAAAAGAACAGAAGGUAAAUAAACUAAUAAGAUGCAAAGACAUUAUUAUGCCCGAUUCAUCCUUUCAGGGCAAGAUUUGCCACCUAAAGAGGCACGGUUAGUUCCGGUUGUGCAACCAAUGGAAUACCUAUAAAGUUACAUGGCACUCCUGCAUUAUGACAUACAUAUAUACACACUCUGGUAUCUCCUGAAAGUUCUUGAUACUGUAUUGUGAUAUCAUCCUCAGAGCAGAUCUCAGCAUCCUUAUUACUUUUUAUAUCUCAAAUCAAUUCGUCACCUGAAUAAAAUCCAACGUUGCUUAUUAUCAAGUACUCUUUUAUCUAGAAGCGACUCUCUCGUAUUUGUUUACUCAUUCGUGUUGAAUUCAGAUACUUCAGUGAACAAACAAACAAAGCCUACUUGAAAUUACCAAAUAUACCAUGGCGAAAUCAACAAUCUCAUCUUCAUAUUCAUCUGCACCGUCAUCUUCUUCCUCAUCAACACAUAAAGUAGGAACCUCAAAGCCAUUGUCCUCAACUUCAUCCUCAAGCGCCCACCCUCCCUCUUACAAAAUUCUCUCUACCCUAAUCUUCCCAAACACUCCUCAAAAACAUCACACGGUCGGUCGGGGCACGCCCGGCAAUGGAAUCACUCCCUGGAUGAACAGUGGUGAUCUACGAAUUCUAGGGGGCCGAAGAGGAAAAUUGGAUCAGGUGGAUCCGGAGAGUUUGACAAGUUUCUGUUGAUCUUCCGACAUGUGAAUUAUUUAUCGCGGUGGGAGAAGAUCAAGGGAGAUGGAGAGGGAGACCAUGGGAGCAAAAAGGAGGGAAAUCCACGAAUUUAUGAAUUUUACGGGCAACGGCCUGGAGUUACGCAAAUGGGAAGGAAAGAGCUGGAAAAGUGUUAUUUUGGUGCAUCGCAUGAUUUGGAAGGGCGUUCUAUACCUAGCUUGAAGCUUUGCAUUAUCAGGUUUAGUUUUGUGGGUUACUUUGGAUAGAGAGUAUGUUCCAUAGCAUAUUCUCACAUUCAGAUUUGGCUCAAGGUUUUGGAUGGAUGGAUGGAUAUCCAGGAUGGAUGAAUUAGCGAGGAGUUCGGAAAUUGGGAUGUGUUUCUAUGCUUCAAACGGUUAAUGAAAAGGAUACCCUAAGAACAUUCUGUAUGCACUAGAAGCUUUGAAAUGUUCCAAUCGUCUGAGACAUGUAAAUCUCCCCUCACAUUAAGCCUCCCGAUCUGCACACCAUGAUAGGAAGUAAUAUCAGAUCAGACAUGCAACACAAUCUCCAAGCCAACCUCGUAAUUGCCACGACAUCCAUCGAUAUGCAACAAGUCACUGAAAAUAUAACAAGAAAAAUGGGGCUCUGUCAUGGCAUAGAUUAAGAUAUGCAACAAAAACCAUGCUAACGAUUAUCGAUCGGUUAUGCUCCAUGCGCCACGAGAACAACUCACCGCUACAACAAACACUAUCUUAACUCAGCACCAACUAAAAAAAAAACUAGGUACCUAGGCUAAGAUUUUGGUGCUUUUAUAACACGAUGCCGAGAGCUAGAUAUGCAACGCAACGAUAGCCCAAUGUAUUACUUACUAUAGUACUAUUACAAUAUGUGUUCAUUACACCGUGGCAGGGUCUCAAAUAAGCAAGCAAUAGAACUGUGAAGGUUUCGCUUCGCCUUGGUCUAGAUUCCGGGUAGCAAGGUACGGUCUAACCAACUCAGUGGUUGAAUCCCGCCACGGGGGUUUUCAGACAUGCAACAAAAGAGUUGAAUACAAGGGAUUGCAAGGGCUAAUAGCUGAGAAUAGGGUUGGAUCCCGCCACGGGGGUUUUCAGAUGUGCAACAAAAGAGUUGAUUGCUAGAUAUGGCGAAAGCUCGAGAGACUAAAAUAAUAGAUAGCUUUGGAUCCCGCCACGCUGGAUUUCAGAUGUGCAACAAAUCGGUAUUGGAUCUAUAGAGCCUGUCUGUCUAUAUCUAGUUACA